CUUCUUCCACCAUGGCUCAAAAGCAUUCAAAUACUUCUUCUCAGCACUAAUCUCUUCCUAGCUCAAUCACCAACGAGAUGUCUUCCUGCGGUGGAAACUGCAGCUGCGGCUCAAACUGCAGCUGCGGCUCAAACUGCAACUGCAGAAACGGAUGCGGAGGGUGCAAGAUGUGCCCGGACUUAGCUGGAGAGACUGCAGUGAUCGUCAACCUUGGCGCUGGCAGCCAAAAGGGGAACACUGAGGGGUUUGAGAUGGUGUCUGGGUUUGAAGGUGGAAACUGUGACUGCACAAAGUGCAACUGUGGGAACAACUGCAGUUGUGCUUGUUGUGGCUGCAACUAAUCGACACUGCUCAGUAUAAGCCGUGCUUUCCCAUCUCCCAUGCAUUGAUUAGCUGCCAAAAAUUGGGAAAGAGAGAGCAUGGAAAUAAUUAAAUAAAUUACAUUGAGAGGGCAUGUAUCAAUCAUAAUUAAGCAUGUAAUGCUAUUAUAUUAAUCAAUCCUACUUGAUAAAUUAAGAGCACUAUUGUAUCA